CGCUCAAAAUAUUAGUGAUGAUUCUUGCGUCGUUCUGUCUCGCCGUGGCUGGGCAAGAAAACGAGCGCAAGAAUAUCAAAAUGUUAUUCGUUCCAGCAGACGUUAUGAAAGCACUGCGUAAAAACCUCACCACGAAAGACUUACCCCCAGGCCUACCAGGACAGGGUACUCAGCGCUGGACCCCAGUCCGCCUACCAGGCGAUAAGACUCACACGUUUGAAAUCCGCAUCAACCCUCGUACAGCGCACAAGCUUAACAUGAACUUUCAGCAUUUCAGAGUUGGUCGUGGCCACGGGCUACUUUUGGAGUUGAAAAACGUGUCCCUCUCGACCAAGGGAAAGACUGUUCUGGACAGGCUGGUAGAGUUUUAUAAAAACUGCGGCAGUGGCCGAAGCCAUCGUAUAGGCAUGCGCCCAGGCAUGCAUAUGCUGCACAGAUUAGGACACUUCCACUCCACCAUGCACCAUUCACUUUUGCUACCUGGCGACGUUCCGUUACUGAAGCGUAUACAAACCGCGCUGGAGCGUUUUUUCCCUAAGCGUCAUGACGGAUCAGUGGACGUAUUCCAGCACAAAGAUUCGAGCGGUGCAGUUCAUUUUCUACCGUUUGAAGAAGUCAGAAGAGAAGUGAAUAAUCUUAUAAAACGAACGUUAGUUAAGAGGGAUUGUGUUAAGAUCAGUACCAACGCAUUGACUCGAGCACUCGAUGCAUUCAGACGGCAGCUCAAUAACGACACAACAGCGUCAAGUACUCAAAACGAAAGCUUCAACGUUAGUGAUGAGCCUGACCGUGAAAAUAGCGACAGCAAUGGUGAGGAGGGCGACGAUGAAGGCGAACAGAAAGACCAAGUCCUUUCAUUUUCAAGGAAUCUUGAUUCGUUUAACCCGCACCCGGUCAACAAAGUGAAUCUGACUUCAUCUUCGGCCAUGAACGUGCCAAGCGAUGCUGCUGCUACUAAAAUAGUUUCUGCGCUCGCCGACUUGAGGAAAGAAAUCAAUGAUCUAUCAAGCGGUUUUAGACAGAUUCCUAAAGAUAGUGACAGUACGGGCAUCAGUGUGGGCACCGAUGAUAGUGCAACCGGUUCUAAUGCCAACAUUGUUAAGAUAAGCAGCGAUAACAACGAAGCCAAAGACGGGAAAAAUGAAAACCACCAAAGCUUCGAUAUAAGUGUAGUAAAGAACAGGAGAAAAAAGAUGAGUAAUGAUGACAGUGAUGACGUAGGCAAGAAAAACGACGGCAAUGGUGGCAACGAUGACAGCAACAACAAUAACAAAAACAACAACAAGAGCAAUAGUAGCAACAAUGACAACAACAACAAAAGCAACAACAAUAGCAAUAACAAAAACAACAGCAGCAAUAGUGACAUCAGCAAUAACAAGGGGAUGAUGCUAGCCUUGAAACUGAAGAACAUUGAAGAGGAUUUGAAAACCCAACUUGUGAAUGAUUUUUUGAAGCAAACAAAAAACUUUUCGAAAAUUACUAGCGAUUCCGAGCCAAACAGCCUUUCAGGUGGAAAUCUCGAAGACAACAGCAAUGUAAAGAUUACCGAUGUGAAGCCUGUCCAUCCAGUUUUCAAUCAAGUUGUCGAUCAUGUACAGCGAGUCAAAGCUGUAAAAGAAAUGAAAGUCAACAAGAACUUAUUCGAGCACGUGAACCAUUCAAGGGGAACGAAAAAGGGAAACAAACAAGCUCGAUUCAAAGGCAGAAAAGAAAGGGCGCGAAAUAAAACUAAACAUGUACCACGUCUUAAGGACAAGAAAAAUAAGAAACGUCCCUCAGUUGUGUUUGACUACAAACCAAAAUCACUAAGAUUAAAGUUUAAGUACAAAGGUGGAAGACACGUAAAGGCUGACGACGAAGAUGACGAGGAAGGCUAUCUGAAACACAGAGGUAAAGGAAGACUAAUUCGAUUUAUUCACAUGCGAAUACGGCAUCCAAAAAUCAAGGAAGUGCUACUACCAGACGAAGAGGAAGACUCUGAAGGCUACAGGGAAAGAAAAUUUGACGACUCUCCAGUAGAAGCUAGCGAGGACGAUGACAGUAUGAAAGUGCGGUUGCUAAGGAAGUUACGUUGGCUCCGAAUCCACGGUCAUGGGGCCAAAAUACGCAGGCGCAAGAGUCCGAAACUUCGUGUGGUUGUAUAUGACGACGAUGAAGAGGAAAAACAACCGCAUCGAGACAACUGGCGCAACAGCGAGUCCGAUGAGUUGACGGAGAAAGUCGAGAAAAUUCACGAAGAUGACAACGAAGCUGAUUCCGAAUCAGAGGCGGAAUCGGAAUCGGACUCGGAGCCCGAACCGGAACCUUCGUCGCAUCGCUCGGAUCCCGUUUUUAUGGACGACGAGAACACUCAGCAGUACAAUCAAGGCGGGACGAGUAAUUCAAGCUCGGAUAGUGACUCUGACUCGGAUAUGCAAUAUCUGUCAGAUAGUAUCGGGGAUGACAGCACCCAUUUUGGACGAGGCGAUAGUGGUACUGAUGUGCCCGACUUAGAACCUUAUUUAAAGAAACACUACGAAAAUGAAGAAGAUGAAGAAAACGAAGAAAUCAAAAUGUACAAUGAUCAAGAUGGAAUCGACGCGCGGAAGCUGGGCGACUCAAUGGAAAAACGCAAGACGUCAAAGGAGGACGACGCAACUCUGAACGAGAAAACAAACAAAGUAGAGGACAACGAUGGAGAACAACCUGGAAAAAUACACAUUCACAAAAUACCUUUUAAAAUCCAAGAGGAUUCUUACGGAGUGGAUACUAGCCUGUUAAAAGAACCACCACAUGAUUCACUUGGACUGCAACAAGUGUUGUCGCACGAUUCCGAUAUGUCAUCAAUGGCUUCUCCGGAAAUCUCAUCCAUGCCAGCCACCGAGAUGUCUUCAUUGGCACCUUCCCAAAUGACGUCCAUGGCCCCUCAACCGGUUGCCAUGGCGUCAAGCUCUCCUCCACCCAGUCAGAACGCCAUGGAUAUGUCACCAAAUAUGGUCAUGCCGCCCGAGCAGUCGACGAUGGUUCCCGCGGCGGCAGAGCUGCCUCAAGUGAACGGUGGUGUCCAGGCUGCGAGACCCAAUGUUGCCGCGUUCAAUUAUCAGCCCAGUGUGACUACACAAGUGAACAGUAUGAUGCCGCAGACGCCGUUCCCGCAGGUCAGCAGUAUGAUGCCCAUGCAAAUGCAAGCAGGAGGGCCUGAAGUUUCUCCCAUGACUCCCGUUAUGCAACCGGGGCAGAUGCGAGCAGUAAUUUCUCGCGGUGAAAAAAAGGCGCCAAAGAAGUCUCGAUCAAAGAAACGCGCGCAGCAUGUCCGUGUCUUGGGUGUAGGGCAUAAACGUGUUAAACUCAAAAAUAAAUCUCGCCAAAGAUCCAGAUCAAGCACAGUUUAAUGAUUGUUGAGUCAUAUACCAGUCCUGUUUUCUCAAAUAAGAAAGACUGCAACGUCGACCAGCCAAAAACAGCUCAAACCUCAUGUACGAAGCUAGUGUUCCUCAUCCGGGGUUUGGGGCGGGGUUUGGGCUGUGCGCGGGAGAAAACUGACAUGUCAUAAAUGUUGAUAUGGCGAACAAGCUUCGUGAAUUUCCCUGUGGUCAUCGGAUGUUAGGCUUUCGUGUUAGGCAAAUAAUUAAAGAGAUGUUUCUUUAUUUGAGCUGUCUAAUUAGUUAUAAAUAAUAAAAAAAGGUAUCUGACCAAUCAAAGCAGGAUUGCUUUCUUUUCCCCGGAGAUUUUGUUUAACAGGAACAAAAGCAAAAGUUAUGACCUGGCGUUACACUUGUUUUCUUACCCUUGGCACCACUGACAUAUUAUUUUUUCUUGGAUUAUUCUGACUGGUUCAAUGCGCCAUGCAAGGUCAUUACUUUUGGUUUUAUUUUGUGACAGCGAUUAAAAAGACAAUCUGUAACUAACCAAAAAUUUUCUGUGUAUUUAGCUGGAGAGGUAAAAUGUGUGUAAAAUCGCUUAAAUUAAAAAGAGCAACCCUAUCUGUCCAAUAUUUAUUUCAAUAAUCUUUACGUUCAUAGAUAUCGAUCUUCAGGUAAAAAGAUAAAUUUAUCAGUUUAUUUUCAGUGUCUGGAUUUACUUAGAUACUAUACAGGGUUUUAUGCAGUCGCUGGUUUAAGACUUGGGAAUUCCACAUGAUGAUAUUUUCUCUUUCUAUUUUUCCAUUGUAUGGUCUUGUAUGGGACAAAUGAUUGGAAUUGCGCAUUAUCAACCUAAUUCGGAUAAAGUAGAUAUGCAACAAAAUAAAUAUUCGUAAACUGUUUGGGCAAUAAGGUACUUUUUCCGCUAAUCUAAGCUUUAAGCUAAGGGUUAACUGUAUUCAUAGAUCUGAGUUGUAUCUUGUAUCAAGAAUCGAACACGCCGGUCAGUAAUAAGCUAAGGUCGGUCGCUAUUUGACAAACUCAAAAUUGUGGUAGUCAGGGACAUUCUUGCACAGACACUAAGACGGUCCAAGUCAUUAAGAGAGUUGAAUAUUAAAUACCCUCGAGGUGAUUUUGACCAUAACCCUAAGUGGGUAUAGGGCCAGAUACCCUCGAGGUGGCAUGUACUAAAUAUAAGGAAUAUCAGCAGAUAUAGAGAGAAAGUAAUUGCACAAAAAGUAGUCAUUCACUGAAGUUAUAUACAUUGUUUUCUGGAUUGCAAAUCCAAUACUUUCAAAUUCUUUGUUACAUAUAAUUUAUCCAAGCUUAUUGUCAGUUAGUUAUGUAUCAGCAUUGCAAUGAUUUGGCACGAAAUUGGCAAACAGAGGAAAAUAACACGAUAAACAUAAUAUUUCGAAACGUUCAAUAGUUUCACGUUAAUAAAUCGGGAAUCUCUAGCUAUGGUUAGGUGUAAUACAUAGUUAUUCUUUAACUGAGGUAAAUCAUGUAAAGAAUUUCUUCACUUCUUCAAUAAAUAAUAAUUAAAAAGGCAAGUAUAGUUCUUGUCCAUGUAUCCUAGUAUGGUUAAAUGUUCUUGAGUUUUAACCCGGGCUUGACCAGACUAUGCACUACAAAGGGGUACUGUAAAAGCCCUUUUUAAAGGCCCCUUCCUGAUAAUAAGCUCCCUUUUAGAAUCCCCAACAUUAUGGGCGAUGACACCCCUAGCUGAAAGGAACCUUUGCAAGUCAUGUUUAUAAUUUAGAGCUUUGAUGAAAAGUCUUUCCUCAUUGUCCGUUUUC